GGGACGUAACUCUAUUUCCCGUGAAGUAGGAAGCGCCAAAACAAACCGGUCGCACAUGUGAUUUAUUUUGUGUUUGAAAUAUGGAGGACGGUCGCAGUACUGCAUACACUAUCCCAUGUCACGAUGUGGUUCAGUGUGUGGAAUUCUCACCCUUCGAGUGGAGCUCACAAUUACUAGCCGUCGCCACCUCCUCCCGAAUUUCUAUCUUCACUUGCCGAUUUCAGGAAGAGGAUGCUACGGUUGACGGGGUCCAGUACGCUUGUAUCCAUGACUUCCAGUCGGCUACCAACACCACAGCCCUAGCCUGGAGUCCUUCCACAUCCCUCAGUGUCCUGCCCAAGAACAUCAGUUUUGUGUCUGCUGGGGAAGACUACAAGUUGAAUCUAUUCCGCUCUGAUGGCAAAGAUAAUCACACAGAGCAGACAUUUUCCGGUCAUAAUGACUUUGUCAAUGAUGUGACCUUUGACCCUGGGGAUGGGUCAAAGUUUGCCAGUACUAGUGAUGAUCUGACCUGCCGAAUAUGGUCAACAGAGGGUCAACAGCUGCUGGUGUUCCAGCUGACCUCUCCCGGCAUGAGUGUCUGCUGGCACUCAGAGGAGCCACUCAAAAUUUUAGUUGGACAGAAGAAUGGUGUGAUUAGGAUUUUCAGUCUGACAAACCAGCAACCAAUCAUGAGUCUCAGUUGUGGUCAGGUGCCCUUGCUGGCUGCUGAUUGGUCAAGACACAGCAGUCUGCAGGUGGGAGCUAUUGCAGGGACAGACUGGCUUAUCUUCGAUACAUCAGUGUCCAGUCAACCCAUUGAAAAACGCCAAGCUCACAUUGAGGGAACAAAGUAUUUCAAGUUUGCCCGAUGUCACCAGAGUCUACUAGCAACCAUUGGUCGUCCUGGACGACAAGUCAAGGUCUUCAACACUCGACAUCAGCAGCUCCAUGUGAACGCCAGUCUGCAGGUGGCAUAUGGCCUGACGUGGCACCACACCCUGCCCAUCAUCGCCGUCGGGGGAGACAAGAAGGUGCAUCUGUGGGUGGUGGAGUCUGCAUGAGGCCGUGAGAUGCAGGAAUACUGCUGCAUUCCAGGGACACAUCAUUCACAGACAGUGCAGUCACCCCUGGGUUGGGGAUGCAGUUCAUCAUGGUGACAGGGAUGCAUCAGUAUCACAGGGAGAUGCCAAUUGCAUCCCAAGCCCACUGAAGGGCUCUCAAGUGGCAUUUUGUGACAGAAGUGUGAUGGACACCAUGAGAUAUAAUCAACAUGGUCCACAGCUCAUUACAGACUUGCGGUAUUUGUAACAUCAUAAUUCAAUAUGGAAGAAGAAAUGUCGUCCUACGGAAUUUUCACUUGUCUCUGAACUGAAGGGCAUGUCCAAUCUUGAUCAUACUGAGGAGCCCAAACUCCAGCCGUCAGAUUGUGGGCAGCUCAUGUCCAACUCUGUAGUGCCCCCUUACUCAUUAAGGCAACUGAAAUAUGCCUGAAUGUCACCCACAUUGUACAUACCUCAAAUAAAUUUUGGAUUUUUGAAA